CCCCGUGUCCCUCCCGCAGCGCCCCUCAUCGCUGCCUCUUCUCCCCCUUCCCCAGGCCGGUGAACACGGGGCCAGGCCCCAGGAGAUGCCGUAAGCACUACGGAUAGUGGGGAGGCUUCAGACCAGCCAGCGUUUGCGGGGAGCUGCCGGGAAGAGCUUAUUCCAUGUCGGAGCAGCAUCGGCACCCUUGCCCCGUGCCACCCGCUCCCCCUGCGCCCUGGCCAGCCCAGGAGAGGAAAGGGAGGGCUCGCAGAGAGCAGCUCAAGCAGAGGAAAAGGUGACCAGGAUGCUGCACCAUGGGAAGCACUGGAGGUCCAUGUGCAAGGGGCUCGUCCUGGGGACCCUCCUGACCAGCUUCAUGCUGCUGCUCUACUCCUAUGCUGUCCCUCCACUGCAAGUCAGCAUGGCAGAGAUCCCCAUCUCCUCCUCCUGCACCUCCUCCGCAGCCCCCGGCAAGGCUCCGGCUGCAGCGGCCAACGGCACAGGCAGCGUGUUGGGCCAGCACUGCGUGCCCAAGGUGAACAUCAUGUUCAUGAAGACACACAAGACAGCCAGCAGCACCAUCCUCAACAUCCUCUUCCGCUUCGGAGAGAAGCACCGCCUCAAGUUCGCCUUCCCCAACGGCCGCAACGACUUCUACUACCCCUCGUUCUUCGAGCGCAGCCAAGUGCAGCACUACCGGCCCGGUGCCUGCUUCAACAUCAUCUGCAACCACAUGCGCUUCCACUACGAGGAGGUGCGCAAGCUCCUGCCGGCUGACACCAUGUUCGUGACGGUGCUGCGGGACCCUGCCUACCUCUUUGAGUCCUCCUUCCACUACUUCGGGCGCGUCAUUCCCCUCACCUGGAAGCUGAGCGGGGACGACAAGCUGGCGGAGUUCCUCCGGGACCCAUGGCACUACUAUGACCCCAAUGGGUUCAAUGCUCACUACCUCCAAAACCUCCUCUUCUUCGACUUGGGCUACGACAACAACAUGAACGCCGCCAGCCCGCUGGUGGAGGAGCACAUCCAGGAGAUAGAUCAACGCUUCCACCUUGUCAUGUUGCUCGAGUACUUUGACGAGUCGCUGGUGCUGCUGAAGGAGCUGCUGUGCUGGCAGCUGGAGGAUGUCCUCUACUUCAAGCUCAAUGCCCGCAAGGGCUCCAAUGUGUCCCGGCUGACACCUGAGCUCUAUGAGAAGGCCACCUCCUGGAACCUCAUUGACGCCAAGCUCUACCGCUAUUUUAAUGCCACCUUCUGGCGUAAAGUGGAGGCCUACGGGAGGGAGCGGAUGGCCAAGGACGUGGCUGAGCUGCAGCGGGAGAAUGAGAAGAUGAAGAGCAUCUGCAUCGAUGGGGGACACCCUGUGGAUGCCAGUGCCAUCCAGGAGUCCUCCAUGCAACCCUGGCAGCCGCUGGGGGAGAAGUCCAUCCUGGGCUACAACUUGAAGAAGAAGAUCAACAAGAAGCACCAGAAGCUGUGCCGCAAGAUGCUGACGCCCGAAAUCCAGUACCUGACCGACCUGGGGGUCAACCUCUGGAUCACCAAGCUAUGGAGCCGCGUGAGGGACUUCCUCAAGUGGUAGGGGGUGGUGGGGGUCCCGCUCUCCCCCAGCAGGAACCAGGUGCUUUCCUUUUUCUUACUCAUGGUGUCUGUUGGUUGGACGUGUGCAGAACCCACUGGAGGCCCCGGCACCCAGGAAUGGUCUGGGAUACCCUGCACCAGCUUCCUGCAGAGCCCCUGCUUGCAGAGCCUCUCCCUCAGCCUCCGAGAGCAUCAAGGACUGGAGGCUUGGGAUGGUUUUUCCCAGGAGGAUCCACUUCCUUCUCCAUGGAAAGGCUGGAGGAGGUGUUUGUGAAGGACUUGUUGUGGCAGGAGCAGCACAUCCAUCACCAUGCAGCUGGAGUGGGCAGGGUGUCCUCCUUGUCCGGGGUGGGCAGAGCUGCCACCAGGGAACCCAAACCUCAAGGGGCUCCUCAAAUCACCCCAUUUCCCUUGAGCUCCUAGAGCUGCAUGUCAGGGGCUGCUGCACCCCUCCAGGGGUUCUGGCCCUUGGGGUGAGGAGUGCAGCACGUUCUCAGCCUACCUGUAGCCAUGGUCCACAUUGGGCUGUGACCUGGAGCCGCUUAGAGAAGGGAAAACCCACCCCAAAAGCCCAUUUAUCAGUGCGCUCAUGGUCCCCACAGUGAACAGCAUCCACACAGCAGAUCCCCUUCCAGCCCCACAUCACCCUGGUUAGAGGGCCCCGUGGCCCCAGUCACUACAUGGGACAUCCCGAAAGGCCACAGGGUCCAGUGAGAACUGGUGUGGGAAGGAGAUGGGGAAUGGUGUCUGGUGGCCACCAUCCCAGUGAUGCCCCUGGUGGCACCUGUGGCUGAGGCUCCCCAGCAGCAAAGGGCCCCCAGCCCGUGUUCUGCCCCCUUUGGAAAGACCAUAAAUA